AUGGCUUUUCAUUCUGUAUUUCUGGUUUUCUUAGCUGGCCUGGCACUUUGCUCUGAAGCUGCACCACCGGUAAGUAACCCUUAUGAUGCCAAGCAUCCUCUUUACAUAAAAGUUGUGGAUGCAGUCCGGGGAAGUCCAGCUCAAAAUGUUCCAGUUAAAUUAUAUAAAGAAGGUGCAGAUGGAUCUUGGGAACUGUUAAAUUCAAAACAAACCAAUGACAAAGGAGGCCUCCCAGAGCUUACAACUAAAGAACAAUUCGUAGCAGGGUUAUACAAGCUUGAGCUUGAUACAACCUCUUACUGGAAGAGUCUGGGCUUGAAUCCCUUCCACCACCAUGCUGAUGUGGUGUUCGCAGCUAAUGAUGCUGGCAAUCGCCAUUACAAGAUCGUCGUUGUCCUUAGUCCCUUCUCUUACUCAACUACAGCAGUAGUUAGCGAGCCAGUGGAAUAG